AUGCGCAGAGCUCUAAACAUAAAAAAUAAGCUCGGUUUCCUCGAGAGUAAGAUUUCCAAACCUCUGGAUUCAGAUCCUUUGUUCCUCCCAUGGGAAAGAUGCAAUGACAUGAUCAUUGCAUGGCUUCAAAAUUCUGUUGGUCCAGAUCUUCGACCCGCGAUUGCCCAUGCCGAGACAGCAGCAGAGGUAUGGAAUGAUCUCCGUGAGCGCUUCUCUAUAAAGAACGCUCCUCACAUUUUCCAACUCACGAAGGCCGUGUCUUCCUUAACUCAAGAUACUGAUUCUGUGAGCAUUUAUUACAAUAAGCUCAAAGGGUAUUGGGAUGAACUCGAGGUAUACGAGCCCAUGCCUCUGUGUACCUGUGGAUCUGUCAAGACUCUCAUGGAAUAUCAUCAUUGUCACAAGGUCAUGCAGUUCUUAAUGGGACUUCAGGAUUCCUAUGAUGCUAUCCGACAUUCCCUUGAGCGCUGUUUCAAAGCUAAUCCCAACAUUCCAGUUUGCUCUCACUGCCGUAUACCAGGCCAUACCAAAGAUAAAUGUUAUCGGUUGAAUGGUUAUCCUUCAAGCCACAAAAAUGGCCCCAAGUCCAAAUACAUUGCUAAUAUUGUUUCUCUUGAGCAUGAGCAAAAUCAUAAUGGCUCGCCCAUUACUCAAGAACAGUAUAGCAAGUUUCUUGCCUUACUCCAACCAUCUUCAUCCUCCACCAUUGACAACACACCUGCAGCUGUAAACCAGGCGCAGCUUCUCCACUCCCCCACCAUGUCUGGACCUUUCAACUUUGUUGACGACUGGGAAGGGUGA